AUGGCGACUGAUCUCGCUUCUGAUAUCGAAUAUCUUAAGAGCCUCCAGGCUGUCCGAGAGCGCUCGCGAAUCGUCCUUGACCGGGCCCAAAAGGGGAGCCUCAACAACUUUAUUUACGAUGAGAGUCGCAUGAAGGAGACGGCCGAGUUUGUGGCCGGCGUGAUAUCCCGAGACUUUGGCCCCGACCGAUAUGCAGAGAUUCCUCCCCAUGGAAGGUGGGAGCAUUUCAGCAUCGGAGGCGUCCCGCGUCUGGAAAAUCUUGUACAAGAAUGGCAAGAUGGCGAAGUGGAGGAUGUAGAAAUCACUCGACGCCUCAUUGAUCUAUUCUUCGUGUCGGUCCUGCUCGACGCUGGAGCGGGAGACACCUGGUCGUUUCGCGAGCCUGGAAGUGACAAGUCGUAUGGCCGCAGCGAGGGCAUCGCCGUUGCUUCGCUGUACAUGUUUAACGACGGAGCUUUUAAUUCAUCUCCGGACGGAAACAAGUCUGCUGUAGAUGGACGUGCUCUCAGCCAGCUCACAGAAGACGCAUUCAUUCGCCACUUUCAAGUUGGGCCCCAGAAUCCCAUCGUGGGCUCUGCAUCCAGAAUUGAACUAUUGAACAACUUUGGAAAAUCUCUUCUUGCUAUCCCAGACGUCUUUGGCGAAACCGGUAGGCCUGGGUUGCUUGUUGACUUCCUCCUCAAAGAUGGCAAAGACAAAGACCUCAACUACGAAACACUGUGGGGCAUCCUUCAGCGCCUUCUACUCCCUGCGUGGCCAUCAAACCGCCCCAAGAUCAAUGGCCAGCCCAUUGGAGACGCAUGGCCGCUCCAACUUCUACAGGACGCGGCCGGCGAAAACAAGAAUCCAACAAUUGGAUUCCAUCCAUUCCACAAACUGACACAGUGGCUGGGAUACUCUCUCACCGUGCCCUUUAUGAAAGUACUGAAGCUCAAGUGGAUCAACAUCGAGACAGGCACAGGCCUGCCAGAGUACCGCAACGGAGGGCUAUUCGUCGACAUGGGCGUCCUCAAACUGAAGCCCGAAGUCCUCAGCCAAGGCGUCAAGGCUUCGGGGCAAGCUUUGCCGCUGUUCGCGUCUACCGGAGACGUGAUUGUGGAAUGGCGAGGCUUGACGGUGGCUCUCUUGGAUGAGCUGCACAAGCUUGUCAACGGCAUAUUGGCGCCGCAAGGAGUUUCUCUGUCGCUGCCGCAGCUGCUGGAGGCUGGGUCUUGGAAGAGCGGCAGAGAGCUGGCGGCCAAGUACCGGCCAGAGACGAGAUCCAGCCCGAUACUGAUUGAUGGAGAUGGGACUCUUUUCUAG